AAAAUCUUCAACAAUUCAAGAACACAAGCAAAAAAAAAGAUUUUUUUUCUUCUCUGUAGUGGCUUUCAAUGCAACGUUUCAAUGAAUUCUUCCUAAAUUAUCAAACCCCACUUGCUAGAUUUGUCACUUCUCGCCAUUCUUGCAGCAAAUUGUUCAUUGGAGGGCUUUGUUAUGAUACAAAUGAACCUAUUCUUAAACAAGCUUUUGAGCAACAUGGUGAAACAAUUGAAGUGAAAGUAAUAUGUGAUCAUAAAAGUGGAAAAUCCAAAGGAUAUGGGUUCGUGAAGUUCACUUCUGAAACUGCAGCUAGCAAGGCCUUGAAGGAAAUGGACGGUCAAUUAUUGGAUGGAAGAAAUAUUCGCAUCAGUUAUGCCCACAAAGGAUGACGUUGAGAGGUUUCAACUCUCAUCUUUCCUUGUAAGGUUUCAUCUUCUGACUUAGGUGUGUGCAAGAACUAGCGAUUUUCAGCCAUGAAAGUUGUAUUCAAGAUUGUCUUGAUUCGGGAAUUUAGUCGAGGGAGAAACAUCCACCAACCAAAAAGGUCUUAUACCAUGAUUCAUUGACUCUGCAUCACGUGUCAGGCAAGUGAUUACAGCAAGCUGGCAUGACGUUCUGGUGAUAGUUAGCUAGUCGUCUAACAGGUUUGGAUCAAACUUUAAUUGGUCCAUUUUCUUUUUUCCCUUGUACCUAUAGGCGAUUUCCCGUUGCCUGUAAUAGUGAGGUUCGUUGUUCAAUUUUUACAGCUGUUAGAAGGAAUAUUAGGAAAUUUUUAAUUGCAAUAGCUUUGAACUUUUUGAGGGAGGAAACUCCAGUAAGUUGAACAAGGAAUUGAGUUUUGCACUUACAUUAUGCUAUUAGCAUGGAUGAUACAGGUUGUCAUAAAACCUUGUACAUACUUUCUAUACCCAAGUUUGUUUUAGUACAACAACAACUAGGUCACAGUCUCAAAUAAGUUAAAGUUAACUAUGCGAAUCCUCACCGCUUGUGUGAGCUUACUCACAUUCCCGGUCCCAAAUCAGAUAAAAAGAAGAAGGUUGUGGUAGGAUUGAACUAACAUAGAACUAGCCAAUUCAUAAUGAAUCAACACAAUACUAAACAACUUGGUUUUAUAAGGAAUUCUUUUAACUGAUCAAAGAAAGUACAACAACAACAACAUACCCAGUGUAAUCCCACAAGAGAACUCUGAGGAGGGUAGAGUGCAUGCAGACCUUACCCUACCUUGGGAAAUAGAGAAACUGUUUUUGAUAGACCCUCAACUCAAGGGAAAAAUAGUCCAAAGCAGUCCAAAGUACAAUAAGUAGCAGAUAGUAAAAACAACAACAAAUAGUAAUAGGGCAGUAACUACAAAAUAAUAUGAAAGUCGAAGUAUAAGAAAUAACAAAUAAUAACAUAAAUCGGAGGACACAAAACUAAAUGAGCAAUACUACAACUACUAGUAUGGACAUAAAACAAGACAAUCCGCUCCCACCUUACAUGCAUCUUGACUAAUUCCAUGGGGCAACUGCCACCUCCCACCAACAAAGCUACCGGAUAACUCUGUGAUCUAUUGAUACUUGACAUGAUUGCUAAUGUUACGACGAAUUUAAGACCAAAUGAUGCAAGACAAAUAUCAAAAUUGUUUCAUAAUAAACCUUUCGAUGAACAUAGGAGUCUAUGAACUAAGUCUUUUGUCAUAAAACAGUCUAAUGUAGGUCAUCUAGAU